ACGCGGCCUCCGCGCUUCCGGUGUCUUGAGCUUCCAGAGCUGAGUGCCGUUGCCCGGCGCUGGAGUCGCUGUGCCGCCGCCGGGAUCAUGGUGUUCUACUUCACCAGCAGCAGCGUUAACUCAUCUGCCUACACUAUUUACAUGGGAAAGGAUAAAUAUGAAAAUGAAGAUCUGAUAAAGUAUGGCUGGCCUGAAGAUAUUUGGUUUCAUGUGGACAAACUCUCUUCGGCUCAUGUAUACCUUCGAUUACAUAAGGGGGAGAAAAUAGAAGACAUUCCAAAGGAAGUACUGAUGGACUGUGCCCAUCUUGUGAAGGCCAAUAGCAUUCAAGAAAAUUGUCUAGGGCUUCCCUGGUGGCACAGUGGUUAAGAACCCGCCUGCCAAUGCAGGGGACACGGGUUUGAGCCCUGGUCCGGGAAGAUCCCACGUGCCGCGGAGCAACUAAGCCUGUGCGCCACAACUACUGAGGCUGCGCUCUAGAGUCCACGUGCCACAGCUACUGAAGUCUGUGCACCUAGAGCCCAUGCUCCCCGACAAGAGAAGCCACUGCAGUGAGAAGCCCACACACCGCAACUAGAGAAAGCCCUCACACAGCAACAGACCCAAUGCAACCAAAAAUAAAUAAUAAAUAAAUAAAUAAAUUUUAAAAAAAGAAAAGAAAAUUGUCUAGACCUGCCUACCGCUAAGGUUACUUGUAGAAAGACUUUUGGAAAUUACAUUAUGUUAACUGCCAAGCAAGAGAUGUGUCUCAUGGCUUUAUUUGUAAUGUUGGUUGAUGUCUUUGUUUCCAUUAUUUGUUACUAGAUUCUAGAACCCAAGUCUCCCAAUUACUCUUUCCUACUUUUUCUUUCUUUCCUUCUCUCCUUCCAUAUUUUCUUCUCCCUGUAAAUUGUGGAGGUGUCAAGUCCGUUGAUCUUGUUGUGUCCCAGAGAAUCUUAAAUAAUCUGUCUAGGGUGAUGCAUUAGAAUCAGUAUUUUUACAGUGCUCUCCAGGUGAUUCUAAUGUGCAAAGAGUGUUGAGACAGUUGGCCUCCAUGUUCUAAGUAGGACCUGUAGUAUUGGCCUUGGUGCAGGUUUAGUUCUACUGUACAAGAUUUAAUUUGUCAAGUCAGUAUAGGUCAAGAAGGACAAUUAAUGGAGUGGAGGUGGCAGUUAUAAAGGGGAGCUGGCUGAUGGUAUUCUGCUAGGAAUGAGCUAGUAGACUGAAUUUUAGUUGUAGGACAUGGACCUAGAUAAGGUAGAGGUAAGUUUGGUUUGAUAUAAAGUUGAGGGGUGAUCCAGAGGGUUCGGAAAAAAAUAUGGUUUGCAUAGAAGAUAAGCAUGGGGCAGACACAGAGACGACAGCAUAAACUGGGAGCUGGUGAUUCUAGAAGAGCCGGGCAGUGUGCUCCCUCCCCCAUCACUUAGUCUGUGUUUCCUGCAUCUCACUCGCAGCUUUACUGAAUCAGGCACCUAGCCAAAGAAACUGGAAGUCUUGUCUUACAGAGCCAUUCAUUUCCAACUCUAUAAAUCAUUAAAUUGCAGUUCGUUUUAGGACAUUCCAUUUUUAUGAGUAGAAGAAGAGCUCCUCAGAUUUCCAGUUAAAAUCUUUGGUUAUGGAAAGAAAAAUAAUAAAAAUUGAAACUACGUCAUUAUCCUCCUUCCUUGUGUGUUGCAACCUCUUUAAUGUGUUUUUGUGCCCCUGUCUAGCAGAUGUGAAUUUAUUAAAAGAGCUUUGGACUCAUUAUUCUUGGCCCGGCCUCUUUCUUCUUAAUCCCUUUAUAGUUCACUAGUUCUAAAGAAAACAGAAAAGAGGAAGAGUCAUUGAAUCACUGAAUCACUCUUCUCUCCU